AUGGCCAGCCAAGACUACUACAGCCAGCAGGGUGGCAACUACAACCAGAACUACGGCCCUCCCCAAGGCGGAUACCCCCAGCACCCUCAACCUGCCUAUGGUCCCCCUCAAGGAGGCUACCCGCAGCAGGGCGGCGGCGGCUACUACCCCCAGGGCGGCCAGCCCCCGAUGCAGUACCAGCAGCAGCCUCCCAUGCAUGCGCCCCGGCAGAAGAAGCAGGGCGGCGGAAACUGCCUGACGGCCUGCCUCGCCGCGCUGUGCUGUUGCUGCGUCAUUGACGAGACGUGCGAAUGCUGCGCGGAAUGUUCCGACACGCUCGCCAUGUGA